CGUGACCAGAACGAAUCUAUUGACCCGAUUCGGCUGAAUGUAAUGUCACGCUGAUCAGUGACUUUUAUUUUGAACUGGUGUUCUUCACUUUACUUCUUGCUCCGCUGUUCAUUUUGCUUAUGCUUUUAAUGUCUUCUUGGUUACUCGGCUUUUCCUGUGAUACUAGCUUUUUAAUCGGACCUAUACGCCAGUGAGUAAUGCAAUAUCGUGGAGCUCAGAUUUAAGGAAAGAGAGUUGCCUUUGAACUAUUCAUCUGUGAAAAUGCGCUAUGCACGUGAGGUGACAUUUACGCCGCUCGUGAGAGCGUACGCCACUGCUUCAAAAACAGAGACCUUCGCUUCUAGCGGGAAAGCAGGACUCAAAGCAGCGGAUAUCGCGAACAGACUCCGGAGUGAAAAGGAAAAACAAACUAAUGUCAACAAUGAGGUUCCGGUGUCACCUCUUCAAAACAGAGUGAACGAACUUAAACAGUUUUCUCAGAAACUACAGUCUGUUCAUCCCAGUGUGUUCGUAAAAGCUCUUUACGGUGGCAUCCUUUAUCAAGACCAAAACAUAAUCGCCAUAAAUAAACCGUAUGGAGUCCCUCUGCAUAAUGUAGAUGGGAUCAGAAACAGCAUAGCAGAAUGUCUGCCUUUGCUCGCAAAGAUAACUGAUGGAAUGUCGCCGGGACAACAUUUUCACCUUUGCCAUAGCCUGGAAAAAGAAAAUACUGGAGUUUUGAUCCUGGCUAAAACCGAGGAUGCCGCUGAACAUGUCCAAACACUCAUCAGAUCACACAAAGUGGAAAGGAAGUACUUGGCAGUCACUGUAGGUGUGCCCAUUCCAUCCGAGGGAGUGAUUGACAUUCCCAUUAUAGAGAAGGAGGUCAUGGGACCUCAGCCACAUUUUAAGAUGGGUCUAAGCCCUUUGUUCAAAGUGAGUGAGGAGGGAGAUGGAGUGACCAGGGUAAGAGCUCAUCGACAGGCACACAGUGCAGUCACGCAGUAUCGGGUUCUGGACAGCACCAGUGGCUGCAGCUUGGUGGAACUGCAGCCUGUCACAGGUGUGAAAAACCAGCCUCGCGUACAUAUGGCUCUUGCUUUGAACUGCUGCAUUCUUGGAGACCACAAAUAUGCACAAUGGAACAAACUAGCACCACAGAAGCUGCCAGAGGGCAUACUGCGACGGCUGGGCCUGGUGCAGAGUAAAACACGAUACCUCCCUCUUCACCUGCACUCCCGAAGGAUCGUCCUGCCAGGGUUCAAAGGUCACAGUGACAUCACAGUGUCCUGUCCCCUUCCUAAAUACUUCACCAACACCUUAAAGAGACUACGGAUCCCGCUACCGACAAAGGAAUGAGAUGGAUCACCGCUAGGAACUCAAGACUGAAAAAGUGUAUUUGUAUUGAGAGGAU